AUGUCCCGACGGAAGCAAGCUUGUCCCAGUAGGCACAUCGCGUCACCAGCGUCAAGCUCCCUCUGCGUCGGGAAUAGCCACAACGGUUCGGGCCGAGGCGGGAGCAGCACUGGCGGCGAGGAAGAAAGCAGCGACGACGAGCACGUGUGCGGCCGCUGCCGCGCCGAGUUCCCCACUCUAGACCAUUUCUUGGCCCACAAGCGGUGCUGCCCAAGCGUCGAGACGAUGGGGAUGCCGGGCAGUACGCCGAGUCGGCUAUCGUGCAGCGAUGACGAUGCGGCUGGCCGCCAGUCAGCGUCGGACGUGGCCGAGGUGGACGAGGAACCCUUGGCGGCGGCUGCAGCUGCACGACUACCCUCGACACAUGUGGCGCUGGAGGCUUUGCAGAGUACCAAGGUGGCCGUGGCGCAAUUCGCCUACGGCAGCACCGGAGGCCCCGCUGAGAUAGCUGCGCUACACGAGGCACUGAUGGCACUGCAGCAACAGCAAGUCGUGCAGCUGCACAUCAUUCAGCAGCUGCAGGCAUACGUGGGUGCCACCCCUACGCUUCCCGUGAACCUGACCAGGGCGGCGGACACUACACCGACUCCGCCGCCACCGCCGCCGCCGCCGGUGCCCCGGACGGAGCCCAGUCCCGAUGCCCCGGGACAGACACACGCGACCCCGCCGCCGCCGAACACCGCGGUAGACCUGGCCGCCAAAGAGAGCGCGGCACCCGAACCGGCCGAGCCGCCCGCGGAGGCGCCUCUUGGGGAGUCCAUCUCCGGCGGUGCCCUGCUGGUUGCGCCGCCCGCUGGACCGCCGCCACCGGAUGAGCCCAACACGCUCGAGCUUCUGCAGCGACACACUGAGAAGGCGCUGCAGGACACCAUGAGCGGCGGCUCGUUCCUGCUCAACGGUCUCGGCUCCCCGGACCCGAGUCGCUUGCGUAGGAAGGACGGCCGGCCCGACGAGGCUUACUUGCGCCAUCGGUGUCGCUUCUGCGGCAAGGUGUUCGGCAGCGACAGCGCGCUGCAAAUCCACAUCCGCUCCCAUACCGGGGAAAGACCCUUCAAGUGCAACGUCUGCGGGAACAGGUUUUCAACGAAGGGCAACCUGAAGGUGCACUUUCAAAGACACCGUGCAAAGUACCCACACGUGCGAAUGAACCCGCAUCCUGUUCCGGAGCACUUGGACAAGCAUUUCCCGCCGUUGGAGCCUCCCGGGGAUCGCAGCCCGACAUCGCCGUCCGGCGCCACGUCGUCACCGCCACCGUCGCUAACACCCGCACUGGCGCUACAGACAGCUCCUUUGGGCGUCUUGGUCAAACCAGGGCCACCAGUGCCACGACCUGAUGACCUUGUCGGGCCCAGUUGCAGUGGGACGCUGGCGUUACGAGCCACGGGCACCAGAAGCAUAUCUCCUGGAACUGAAACAACCAAUGUGACUACAUCAAUGGGCUCUCCGCCGCUUGAAGAUGAACGCCCUUUGAGCCUUAAAGCUGAGCCAGAGGAUGACGUAGAUGACAAGGCGUCGGACGAAGACCGGGACUCCGGCGGCGUCAGCUGUUCCGCUGAUGACUCCAUGCCGUUCACGUCAGGCGGAUCAUUCAUGAGCGGCUCCUUCUCGGCGCUUCCGACGACCGCGGACACAGCAGUGCCACUCCAUGCGGAUCCCGCGUUCUACCAAGACUUGCUGCCGAAGCCUGGAAGUAACGACAACUCGUGGGAAACUCUCAUGGAGGUGACGAGGCCGUCUGAGACAUCCAAGCUGCAGCAACUGGUCGACAACAUUGAGCACAAGCUGAGUGACCCGAACCAAUGCGUGAUCUGCCAUCGUGUGCUCAGUUGCCGCAGUGCUCUGCAGAUGCACUACAGGACACACACCGGUGAACGGCCGUUCCGUUGCAAAAUAUGCGGUCGUGCGUUCACCACGAAAGGAAAUCUUAAGACACACAUGGGAGUUCAUAGAGUCAAACCACCACUACGUGUACUUCACAAGUGCCCCGUCUGUCACAAACAGUUCACUAAUUCCCUCGUUCUCCAACAGCAUGUCCGUAUGCAUGGUUCUGAAAGCUUACAUCCGACGGCGAGUUUUCAAACAAGCUCGCAGAGGCCAACGCCACCACCAAAGACUUCUUCGUCACCUCCACUGAGCUCUCCAACUUCACCAACGCCUGAACAAAAGAAAGAAGAGGGGCGGUCACCCUCUCCGCAGCCUCUGUUGCGGCCUCUGAGUCCUGAGCGCCCACCAUCUCAACUUACUUCAUUAGCUGCCCUCGAAAAUCAGGUGAAGGGCAUAAAGACAUCGCUGCAAGUGCCAGCAUUGCCUUUUGGCCCCUUCGGCAUCGGUCUUUCGUCUGGUUUCGGGCGUUACGAUGAACAGUCACUUCUCUUAAAUCGAACGCCAGAAGCUGGACAGCGGUCUCCGGCGUUUUCUCCGCGAGCUGGAUCUGAACUGUCAACUGGUGACGAUAGAUCGACUCCAGGGGCGCCUUCGCCGUCUGGUGGAACUUCACCGCCCGUGAACGGUGGGCCGCUAGAUUUAACGCCGCGGACUUUGCUGGGUCGGCCAGCCGACAAUUUUUCUGGCCGAUUCUUCGCCGCGCCGCCGCUGGGAGGGCUGCCGUUUCCUGGAGCAGCGCCCGGCCGCCCGAACACAACAUGCCAGAUAUGCUUCAAGACGUUUGCCUGCAACAGUGCUCUCGAGAUCCACUAUCGGAGCCACACCAAAGAGCGACCGUUCAAAUGCAGCGUCUGCGAGCGGGGCUUCUCCACCAAGGGAAACCUCAAGCAGCACAUGCUGACGCACAAGAUCCGAGACUUGCCGGCCACCUUGUUCGCUGCCACCCCUACCUCGAGUGCGAGCGCACCGAGUCCGGCACCGAGCCCCGGGCGCUCUAUGAGCCCUGCCGAUCAGCGACACGGCACCAGCCCCGAGGAGAAUCGGACCAAAAGGAUGGAGCCGGUGGCCGCUCCGCCGGGCGUGCCGCCGCCGCCGCCGCCGCAGCCCCGACGGCCUCCCGGGCUGCCCAGGCACGUGUGCCACGUGUGCAACAAGCCCUUCUCGAGCUCUAGUUCUCUCCAGAUCCACAUGCGCACACAUACUGGUGACCGGCCCUUCAAGUGCUCUGUGUGCGGCCGCGCUUUCACCACCAAGGGCAACCUCAAAGUGCACAUGGGCACGCACAUGUGGAACAACGGCAGUUCGCGCCGCGGCCGCCGCAUGUCCAUUGAGCUCCCGUCGCUGCUGAGUGGUCCCAAGGCCGACUUCGCGCCGCCGCCGCCGCCACCCCACGAGCUCUUUUACCCUUAUCUUGGGCCGGCCUACCUUAAUGGCAUGCUGGGACCGAAGGCGAACGAGAUCUCCGUCAUCCAGGGCGCCAGCACCGAGCCCCGACCGGGAGACGAGGCCGAGCCGCACAAUGGCGCCUGGGCCUGGAAGAUGGCCUGCAACUUGUGCGCCAAGAUUUGCGGUUCAUCGCUCGAGCUCGAGGCUCACCUCAAGGCGCACCACCGCAAGGAACUGGAGGUCCAGUCGCCUGACAACGUGGCCGUCUGAGGCCGCCCGCACCCCUAGUCCAUGCCCUUCCCCAUUCCUGUAGCCCAAGCGGCCCUUCCCCGUAACUUAUUGUCUCGCCCUCAUCCACGAGUUGGUUAUGUCUUCUGUGAUAGUGCACCUCCACGACCUCCCGAACUGCCGAAACUGUUUUUUCUCCCCUUGUGUAACCUAGUUUUCAUUGGUUAGGCUCUCGCCAGUCGCAGCCCUCGGCGCAGCCCCGGAGUGUACAGUGUUUCUGCAGGGGUCGCCCGAGCGGCGCGGCCGUGUAACCCUCUCCUCCCCUCCCCAACACCCCUAGGCGCCAGCCCCCGCCAGCCAGCCGUCGGGCACAGCACCAGCUGAGGGCCGGGGGGACCACGCGAGUGAUACCUGGGCUGUGAUAUGUGUGGUGCCCCUGGCCCUUUUUGAGUAACGCGUUCCCCACACCUUUCGACCUCCCUUCCACGCGCGCCAUGCUCUUCGACGGCAAAAUACACUGGGCAUUCCAUUGCUACACACACGCGCAAGCGGAUGCAUUCCGUACCUCCUCCCUGUUGUUCUGUCUUCCUCUCCAAGCCCUGGGCCGUCCCUGUUCAGGCGUAGCGCUCGACGGACCCCGUGAACUCCUGCCGCCCUCUCCAAAUCCCCAUAUUCGUUUCUCACUGGGCACGGUAAUGUGCACGUGCUUCGGGCGACGACCGCGAACCGUGACACAAAGGCCAACAAAUCACGUGACAUCGCCAGCCACUGUUUGUACUCUCUUCGAGAUGCUCUCUGCAGCGUUGUUGAAGCCACAGGCGCGAGGGCAUAGAUUACAGUGAGGAACAAAGCGUGCGAUAUCACGUGUACGAUGUGAGCUAGGAAAGCUGUUAAACGUUGCCGAAAUCGCGGAACUCCAACAAUAAAAAAACAGAGACCGACUCGAUAGGGCGUAAGGAACGCCCCUGUCUCCAAUUAACCGCCAAUUUAGGCUCGUGUCUAUAAAAAACAGACUUUCUUGAGCCACAGCGAACAGAAAAAAACGGUUCUCAUCUUUUCUUGUUCGCCGAACAUCAUUAUUUGGUCCUUUCAAGUGUUGUCAGAAGUCCACCAUCCUGGAGUCUGCUUAACAGUGUUGUGAAUAACGUAGUUCUAAUUGCAUUAUGACUAGCGACAGCAUUGUUGGGCAAGCAAAACUUAAGUUGACGGAGAUGGUCCUUUCCUUUUUUGCCUAAUUUAUGCCGAGGUUAGUUCAGUUUUUUUUAUGUGUAAUUGUAUUUCCCUUUUUCUCUGUUCAGGAGAGAUGUCGGCACUGAGAGAACUGAUACGCACAACGCACUACUUUGAGAGCAUGGAUAAACGAAGGACAGUUCGCAUCAAGGAAGGGCUAGGCGAAGCCUGAGAUUCUUGCAGAAUCCCCACUUUUCUUUACAAAUUUGUUUGAGUUAUGUCUGCGUUCCCGUGGUUUCAGUAUAUUAGCGCUGCCCUUUUGAUGGGUAUAAUGUUACCCACGACGUGUUAACUUCACCUCAACGUAAUGACCUUGAUGUCAAAUGCUGGAGUGUUACACUGUAAACGCUGCUAAAUGACCUACAUCAUAGCACCUGGAACUUCGCGGUAAGCACAGGCGAUGAUACGUGGACUUUGUGGAAUAUGCUGAGGGGUAGCAAAUAUAAUUGAGUAAACAUUUCAGCUAUACGAAAUUUACAUUUAUUUCGUCGUCUCUUGUGCCGUAAAUGAAGUCGCUAUGAAACGCCGUGUGUGGUUGCGUUCACCUUUGCGCAACGAAAGUAACUAGUUUAGUAGACAACGCUAACAGGUCUGUUUCGUCGUAGGUUACGUGAGCAAAUGAACCAGUGGUGCGUGUGCGUUUCAAGAAACUUUCUUUUGUUUCAGGAAAAGAAACAAACGUUUCAUCAUGCCACUUUUCUGAAAAAAGUUCAUUGCGCUGCCUAAAUCACGCUGCAUGUUUUCUUUUCGUCCUAAUAUUCUUUCAAUUCCACAACUACACACUUCGCGUAACAACGCAGGGUGCUGCGAUUGCAGAACGUGUUUUCAUCCUUUUGAACAAAUAUUUACGAGGACGCCUGCCUUCUGUCUUAACCUCAUUUACACGUUCGCGAUCGCUCUCUUGGCUUAAAAAACAAACAAACAAAAAAAAACUUGUGCUUUAAAGUUGCAGUCUAAACGAACAAUAAUUAAGAUUAGGGACUUUUCUCAAAAUAAGCUGAACGGAAAGAAAGCUUGAACUUGGAACUGCGUUGCUAAUACUCACAAGCAGUCAUUUCUGUUUUGCUGUCUCGGCAUGUCAUUUACGACAUGCAUUGUCCAGACUUUGAAUGUGAACGCGUGGAAUAGCACGACGCUUCGGAACACGCUAAGCGGUCGUCACCAGAUUGCAUCUGCAUUGCCAGAAAGGUCAAUAUUCAGGCAGAUCUCCAGUAGUGUCGAGUUUAGUUAAUUAUUCGUAACGUCUUCUUUUUCUAGAUGUUCAAAUUACCCAGCAGUAUUACAUAUACGGCCAUCACACGGGGACAUAGAUGUACGAAGGCUCGGAAAUAUGCGCACGAAGACGCUGUGCCUUUGUUUAGAUGUUUCGCGCAGGUCGUUAGUACAUGAGAUCACUACAUACAAGCGGCAGGGAUACUGCCAUUAUUCUCUACGUGUCAUUUGUUAUGCAUCGGGCGACAAAGUAGCUGACACGCGUUUUGGGCAUUCGUUGCGUAAAUGUCUAGGCACACGACCGUGUUUGCGAUAAUUGACAGAUUCACUUGCGUAAUAUCGCUUUGCAGUGCACGGUGUUUGUUUACUUUGGAAACAAUACACAAUUAUCCGUCUGGCGCUUGCUAUACAGUGCUCGGAAUUCCAUGAUGGCAGAAGCGAAACUGAAGUGUUCAAAGGGAUGCGAGCUACGUAGCACCCUGCGUGUAGUCGGCUCUGAAAUGUUACUUGAAUGUUACAAAGAAAUUAAUGUUAUUUUGCCCUUGCACUUAGGCUGCAAUGUUGCGUACGGACGACGCCUCGUGGCUUAUAAGUGCUUCGCUCUCGGUUACAGCUCUUUCCUGGUCGGUACAAGAAAUGUAUCAUGCCCUUACAGGCAUCUUUAAGCUGUACGGUCGCCGUCCGUACGGGGGAUUUUAACGCCAGUGAGCUGGGGACUAAGCACACACACACAAAAAAAAUAUUUUGUUCUCUAAUUUUCGUAAUCAUUCAUGCAAGACUCCGCAUACAAGUCUAGCGUACAUUGCGUCCUGUGAUACGAAUUGUGUGGCGCGAUUCACUGGCGUAUUCAAAGACUUAUGACCAUGUUUACGGAUUUCGUUUACUUUCCGAUCCUCAUGUUUUAAGUUAAUGAUGCGCUUUAAUUCCUCCCAAGUAGGCUGGCACUUGUUUUUUGCUAUUGUGCUUCUCGGGAGUUAGCUUUUCGUGAAAAUGCUGGUGUGCCAGAGUUGCAGUAGUUUCUCACGUGUGUCGGAAGGCGGUAAACUUGAGGCGUUUUUCUCUGUGUAGCCCGGCGUUCGUUCCACCUUUUUCCUUCUUUAUCUUGCAAGGAGUGAUGCUAAUUGUAUACAUGGUGUAAUACUCAGCACAUCAUUAUUUUCUUUUUCUCUCGAAAGCGCGCAGUGUGCGCGCGCAUGCCUUAUUUUUCGUUAGCGACAUUUACAUUACCUUUUGUGUUGUUGAUAUGGAAAUUGUGGCGUCACGUACACGUACCAUAGUGACGCCGCGGGCGGACUGUGGCAGCAUUCUUUCCUACCCCAGUGGCGUGCAUUCGUUGACUUUGUGGUCCAACAUCUUCGGCCCCCUGGAUCUGACCGUCGUUGCGUGCUGUCUUUUUAAUCGAUAGGGGGAUUCGUUCUGUGUUUUCUUUUCAACGAUUACGUCAGACGGACGUGAUCAUCCUUGGGGCAGUGCUCCGCCAGCCAUCGUGUCAACAGAAACACUCCGGAGAAAGCUAUUUUUGUAACACUUGUAGCGGUUGUCAACGCUGCCUGGCGGAACACUGCUCGCCUGGCAUCUUCCGCGCGCCGGCGGCCAACCGAGGAACAAAAGUGAACGCUCAUGGGGCAGCGCAACGACAGCGAGAGAAUUAUCACCGAUCAAACUGUGGGACUCGGAACAAACACUCUGUCUGUACCCAACAAGUUUCGGCAUGUGUUUACCCUCGCCUUGCCUACUCACGCUGCUGGCUGAUUACCCUCACGUUGCGCAGUGCCGAUAGCUGGUUUUGAGACUGUUUUUUCUGUCAUGGUGCCUCGGUUUCGUUUCUGAGCGCUGUCGGCGCGAACACACUCACUGUUGUAUAGUCAAACUGCCAUGUUCACUCCUGCAAGUCGCUGGAAGGGACCAUGAAGGGAAUAACACGAACAGUGUUCAGCACUUAGGUUGUCCUGCCGCGAAGGAUGGCAGAUUGCAAGCCCGAUAGAUGCGGAAGAAGUGUCGUUUAACCUAUACUGCGGCCGCUGUAAUUCUUCUCUCGGGGCCCUUAUUCGAGAACCGCAGUUCACAUUUAGUUUAUGUUUCUGGGAAAAAAAAAGAAAAAGAAAUAUUGUUAGCAUUUGUUGUGGCAUAGUUAUGUGAGUUUUAGCAAUUGCUAACUGGCCUGGUUUCGAAGAUGUGUAAAGAGCUCAAAACGGGUUUCUCACGUAGUACCUUAAGUGAUAACGCGCAUGAUACUAAGUUGAACUUAUUGUAAUUUUCAUUGAAAAAAAAAGGAGAAAGUGAUUAUGUACUAUUACGCUACGAAUCAGAGCGCUAAUAGAAACGGUGCUCUCGCGUGAUUCAUUAAAUGCGCUUGAUCGCUGUAUAAUAAUAGAAUAAAAUAGACUAAAAUAGUUGCCCAUCUGGUGACUUAACAAGUAAGCGUGGAACAAGUUCGUGAUGACUUUCAUGGUCCCUUAAAUGUGAUUAUUGCCGCACAAUUCUGAACAGCUCUCAGCAAUGCAGAGCCUGGCCCAUUAUGUUACACGCAGUGUCAAGGUUUACAAUAUUUACUUAUUAUGCUUCUGACAUUGGUUCAUAAGUCACAAGGAAGUGCUUUACGAUCACUUCAACACAAUAGCAAAGAAGUGAGUUCUUUUCGUCAUGCGCUAUGCGCAAGGAGUUGCGCGCCGGGGCUAGAAAUAUGUCAAAUGGAUUGUGUGUGGGAUGAGCAUUGUGCUGUGCAUGCAACGUCUGAGAUGUCAUCACCGUGGAAGGCAAAGUCAUGAGCUGUGCUCAGGCACCUUAUCUUCCCAACUUUUUCGAGCCCUCCUGGCAUCCCACAUGUAUCUGUGAACACCCUCCAGUGGCCUCUCUUUGUACGCUCCAGGAGGCAGCAGAAUAAAGCAAACGAGGACAUCGCCAUGGAAAUACAUCGUGCCGAGCGAUAAAUAAAACUCAACUUUAGCCGGAGGUCGAGCGGGAAAAAAAACUAUGUAGCCUGUGUUGUCGUCUUU